CCUGCCGCCUGCCAGCAGAGCCAGUCAGGGUGUGGGUGUGUGGGUGUGCGGGCAGCGCUUCCAAGCGGGUGCGUUGACUCACGGUGCAAGACGUUACGUAGUUGUUGUGGCUUGACUUAGUGAGUGGUGUGAGUAAUACAGCAAAGCUAUUUGGCAGAAGAAUGAACAGGACAGUUUCUUUAAGCCGGGCACACUGACCACUAAGGAAGCUUUCUUGGUGACUAGCAAAUGACUUCACGUAGUGCUGGCUCGCCUGCCAUCGGAUGCUGUUGACAGAAUGAACAAAUUAAAAUGCACACAGUGGCUGGAGCAAGACCAAACCAAAAGUGUUGCACGUGUUUCCUUUGAGCAAAGUUACCUUCUAGCCCAUUGCCGCAAGGUGGGAAUGUGAGCCAUGAGAGACAGCACCCAGUUUCAAGACUUAGUGGUUUACCGGUUAUUGGACGUGUUUAACUGACUGGCUGAACGUAAUGGAGGUUUUGGUGAAUGCAGUAGCGUAGGGUGGUAGGAUGUUGCGCGCCAGGCAGUGGGUGCAGCAUUGCCUCCUGGUCCUGUCCUUCACCUGGGGUCUGCAGGGCACAGAUUUAAACAAUGUAGUGAAGCUUGGGCAAGUGGACAGUGUGCAGAGGUUACUUCGUGCUGGUGCUGACACUGACACCAGGGACAGUUUGGGUUGGACUCCCUUGCACAAUGCAGCUAAUACAGGGCAGUAUGAGUUAGUGCAGCUGCUGUUGAGUCACCAGGCAGAUCCUAACACUCGUGACCCUCUUCAGGAGCGGUCACCGCUGCACCUGGCAGCCUACAGCGGCCAUCAGGCAGUAGUGCUGCUGCUGCUGGAUGCAGGUGCCAAUAUUGACCUCAGAGAUGUGCAUGGUCAGACACCACUGCAUCUGGCAGUAUGGAGAGGCAUGGUGCGUGUGGUGGCAGUCCUUCUACAGCGAGGUGCAGAGGUAGAUGUCCAGGAUGACAGAGGCAGUACACCAGUGAUGCUGGCUGCCAUCCAGAAUGUUGCUGAGGUCACUAAGGAACUGCUCAUUUUCUGCCCUGACUUGAGAAUAUUAGAUAAGCAAGGUCAGAAUGUCAUGCAGUAUAUAAAGGAGAAGAAUCUGACAAAGAUUCAUGAUGUGCUUUUUGAACAUUUACAACGUCCAUGCCGCCACCCAGUCAUAUGGCAGCCGCCAGCUCUGAGAGGUACCACCAGGAUGGAAGGUAAGAAUUGCCUGGCAGGUGAGAAGAAAUAUCCUGGCAACCCUUCACCUUGGCAGUGGUGGCUACCAACAACAGUGGCAGGAGGGAGUGUUGAUGUACCCUGCCCACCAGGCACCAAUGGCUCAGCCUCUUGGUUGUGUGGCCGUGAUGGUGCCUGGGAGAGAACAGCAGACCUUAGCUGGUGUCGAGCUGUGUCGUUCAGCGGCUGGCAGGAGGUCGUCAGGACUGGAAAUGUGUCGGCUGGUGAGGCCAUGAAGGACAUGGCCAGUAGUGUGCAGUCAUUCCUUCUUGCUCCAGGGGAUCUUCUCACCUUGUCCUUUGUACUGAAAAUCCUCUCAGAAAAACAUGCAAAAGAUGCACAGUGUUCUCUCAUUCAACUGAACACCAUCAGGGAGGCUCAGGAUUACUUGCACAAUUUAUUGGAUGUGGUGGACAAGAUGCUAUUGAGGAGUGUGGCAUGGUGGGGGCUGCCCCCACCACUAUAUUGCUACCACUGCCUCUCACAUCCAAACUUCAGUGGCCACAGCUGCUCUCACUCUAGCCACCUGUCAAAAAAACACCAUUACAACACAUUUCUCAAGACACACUUUACACAAAAAUGGUGCAACAGCCUCCAGCAUACUUCAGUCCAUUGAGCCACAGAACCUUCUCCCACCACCAGCACAACCAGACAUCCCUCACUUUGCCACUCCAUUUUUAUCAAGACUACAUCAAACACCUCAACACAGUCAAGGUUAUCUUUGUGUCCUACAGCAAUCUUCAUUGUUUCUUCAACUCCCUGCCGUGUGACCCAGAGAGAGUUGAGGUGGCGACUGACUUGCCUGCUCCCAGACAAAUCAACAGUGCCAUACUUGGUGCUCGUUUGGGAGGCUCCAUCAUCUGGCAUGCCCCCCUCGGGGAGGUGGUGGCAGUGGAGCUGCAGCACGUGUACAGUGGACACUACUUCCUGCUGGGGAGAUCACAUUGUGUCUGGUGGGAUGAACACAGCUCCUCUUGGGCCACUGAUGGCUGUCACUUGGUGCUCACUUCUCCUACCCGCACCCUCUGCCACUGCAACCAUCUGGCAAACAUGGCUGUCAUGAUGGACAUUGAAGGUCGGCGGGAGAAUCUUGGGGUGAUGUUCUAUGUGAUGAAGUGUGUGAUGGUGGUCAGCUGUGUGGUGUCAGUGGCCAUCUUAGCAGUGUGUGUGUUUUGUCUUCUGGCUCUGAAGGACAUGCGAGGGAAAGCCUGCAAACUGAUAAAGGCCAACUUCUGCCUCUGCCUUGUGGCCACAGAGCUGGUGGUGCUGGGGAGUCUUGGCGCCUCAGGGAAGCCUGGGCCAUGUGCUGCAGUGGUCAUUGUCUUUCAUUAUGUCACACUCACCACCUUCGUCUGGAGUGCCAUGGAGGCUCUCUACACCUAUGUCACCACCAUUAAGAGUGUGGAAGUGGGUCCAUGGGUGGUGUGGUGCUGCCUUAGUGUGGGCUACCUUGUGCCUCUUGUGUAUGUUGUCACCAUCCAGGCCUUGUCCUUGUCUCUAGCUCACCACACCUUCCCAGUGUGUCAACUGGCUCCUCGCAGUUUUGGAUGGACAGUUGCCUCUCCGCUCGGUGUCAUUGUUUUUGUUAAUGUGGCUGCCUUGGUGAUGGGAGCACAGGCAUCCUGGUGUGAUGACAGCAUGAAGACAACCAAGACUCCCAACCCAAGCCUCUGUAGUUCCUUCUCUGUCUUUGUUCUGCUCUGCCUUACAUGGAUCACAGGCUUGCUGUAUUUCAUUGAAGGUUCCCAGGAAGUAGCACUGGUUUUCACCAUCCUCAAUUUCUUUCUUGGAGUGAGCAUCCUUUUCCUACAUAUCAUUAUGGAGCAGCAUAGAGCAAAACCAUAAAAUAAAGAUACAUCCAGGU